CAGUAGAUCUGGAACACCGGCCACGAAAGGGUUUUGUUUACAGCGUCCGCGUGACGUCAGAGUCAGCUGUGCCCUCGCGCAAGCGCUGUCCGCGUGCACGCGCGUGUGUGGAUGAUUCAGCAGCAGCGGCUCGAGCUCUGAGCAUGUGCGGCACAAACAGACUGCACGCGGACAAAAGGCGUUCACGUUAGCGUCUCCUCUCCGUCAGGGCGCGCGGAGGUGAUCGUCGGCAGCGCGAGACCCGCCGAGCCCGGGAGGAGCAUCCACAGGCCCCACAGCUCAGCGCCGUUUACUGGGACUCUUACCGCCGCCCGGCCUCCAGCACACCGCCAGCGGUCGGAUAUUACCUCGGCACAGCCCGGCUCAUAGCCCGGUACAUCCCGGCUCACAGCCCCAUUGCAGCUCGGCUGUCUUCAUCCAGCCGAGCUGCAUAUUUCCGCAUUUCGGCGUCAGAUGCUCCGAGUGGUUCGCAGAUCCUCUGACUCUGUGUCUCCAUGGUGAAGUGGGCGGGGUUUGAUGUCAGCCCCUCAUCUCGUCGACCCUCCCGCCAUGCCCACCAUGGUCUCUAGGUUGCCCAAGUUUGGUUCUCGGCCCAGAUCUCAGACGGCUCCCGCCGCCACCGCCGCUGUCAGCACCAGCGCUGCUGCUGCCGCCAGCGCCGGCACCCGCCUCACCAACGGGUUCUACCACCACCCUGGACCAUCAGGGGGCAACGGCGCCCUAACGGCGCCCCCGUCCUCGGCUAAACAGAAUGGAUUUAUCCGAGUGCCGAGUUCGAUUUCUGUGAAAUUGAGGAGAGAAAAUGGAUUGAUGGUGGACGGCGGCGGUGAUGGGGAGAGGGCGUGGAGCCGGGGGAAGGGCGGGUGGAAUCGCAGCAGCGUCCAGCAGUUUUACUCCCAGCGUGACGCCAAAAAAGCAGCCUCUGUGGAAAAGGGGCGUGGCUUUGGCCUGCCUGUGCCAUCAUCAUCAUCGCCGUCUCCACAGUCCAGCCCCAGCACGCCUCCUGCUUCCAAAAUCAGAUCCAACAAACUGAGUCCAUCAGGGCCGACCAACGGCGCCAAACACGCCCUGAACGGCGUUUCGGGGCCCAAACCGCGGCCCGGACCCAGCAGCUCUCUGAGACGGCCUCAGAGUUUCCUCUCUCGUGCCGGCGGUUCUGGUCCUGGAUCUCGAGCUGGUUCCCCGUUCCAGAAGAAGACUCCAGCCAACCGCUCGUACUCCAGCGACAGCCUCGGCUCCGCUGUCUCCGUCCGGCUCACUGAAGACGAUCGCUUUCGCUCACGGAGCCUCACCCAGGUCCGACGGCAGCCCUCCCCCACCCUCACUCCUUCCUCCGCCUCCUCCUCGUCCCUCCCUCAGUCCCCCUCCACCAGCAGGGCUCCACCUAAAGGCAGCCUGCUGAAACCACCUGUUAGCAGCCAGGCAGGUAGAGGCGGAGCCAGUGUUGGUUCUGCUGCUUCAGCGAGGUCGGGGGUCCCCUCCCUCCUGCCUCCAUCUGCCUUAAAGAAACCUCUCCUACCCAGCCUGAGCCCCACCUCCAGGCCCAGUGGCAUCAGCUACAAGAUGUCACGCCCAACACUCAUCAAGCAGUCCCGCCCACUGCGAGCGACGACGGCCAAUCAGUGUGUAGACGACCAAGGACUGAGCAGACGGAAGGACUCUGUAGAGACGCCUUCGACGACAGAAAACAGCCCAGAAAACACUCCAGAGGCUCCGGACGCAGAGGAGCUGCCGGCAGAGCCUGCAUCCCAGGCAGAGGUGUCGAUUUUAGGGGAGACGCUGGAGGACAUGUCCCUGUCUUCCACCUCCUCUCUGGAUAGAAACGACACCAGUCAGGAGUACAUGGACGACUUUGACAACCUCGGAAACGGAGGCGUCGGCAUCCUGCUGCUCUCCUCCAAAAACGAGGAAGACGACUCCGGGCUCGACCAAUCGUGCGCCAGGUUUGAUGACGACAAGGUGGUCGCUAAUUGUGUCACCAAGGCGACCGGGCUGUGUUUUCUGGAUGAUGGUAUCGACUGGAGCAGCGUGAGACUCACAGGUGAACGAGGAGACCAUCAGCUGACCCGACUCUCCCGCCGGAGACGGUCCAGUCAGCCGGACUACCACGAGCAGGGCGGCUCGUCCCUGGACCUGUCCCCCUCCGACAGCUGCGGGUCCGGGGGCACCUACAUGUGGGACGAGGAGGGUCUGGAGCCCCUGGGGGGCGUCGCCACAACCGCGUCCAUUCACACCAGCAGCAACACCACCCACCACAUCGGGAGCUUCGACUCCGACCUCAACAGCAUCGACAUCCUGAACAACCUGGACUCUUGCGAUCUGGCUGAUGAUGAUCUCAUGCUGGACGCAGACUUCCCAGAGGAUGGCUCUCUGCACAGCGACGGAGACGGGCUGUCCCACAUGGCUCAGUGGAGGAAGAGGCAGCUCUGCUGGGGGACGCAGGACGUCCACAACGACAAUGAAGGCCUCAGCAAUUUUCAGAGCUACAAGCUCACCGAGGAUCCUGGGAAUAAGAGGACGGACUCAAACAGGGACGGCGAGCUCGUCCUGGACCUCUGUCCUCCUACGAGCUCCACCUCCCCGUCUCCUGGUACUCCCAGUCUGGGUCUGGAUGUGGAGGAGCUGGCUGAAGACUGCUCGGCUGUCAGGUGUCAGCUGGAGUACCUGCAGAGGUUACUGCUGCAGGAGGACGACGGCGAUGACGACACUCUGACCACAGACACUCUGAGUCCCGAGGCCAACGACUCUUCGUGUAGCUCCGACUCACAGAUCCAGGCUCUCCUGCAGGAGGUGCAGCAGCUCAGAGAGGAGCUGCGGAGCCGUGACCGAACCAUCGCACAGCUCACCCAGCAGCUGACUGUUCCCAUGGUGACCACCAGGUGUCGCUGCCAUGAGAUGACGGCAAAGACGGAUCAACAAACGCAGACGAGUGUGACGGAGAGAGAGAGCACGGGCUGGACGCUGUGGAGAGAGCGCACGCCACAGAUACUUCACUCCUCCAAUCAGGAAGACCAGGAGCCACUGACAGGUCAAGUCCCGACGCCACCGCGAACUCAAGCUCCACCUUCCACUAACAUCUGCCCCGCACAUCCCGAAACCCCUGCUGACAGACUCCGCAACCCCCGAGCUCCCAGUUCCACCCAUCCAGCAGCCCACGUAGGAGAGGAUGACGGGGAAAAGCAGAGGAAGGUGGAGGAGACGAAGUCGGGGGAAAGGAAGAAAACCCACAGCAGGUACCUGCAGCCGCCGCAGCCCUCCAAGCUCCGCCUCUUCCCAAAGACGAGGGCAGCACGUGACCCCGACACCAACAGCACCUCUGGACUGAAUUUCAGAACGCUGGCCUUCACCUCCACCUCCUCCCGCCUCCCCAAACCAAAGAACCACUGAAGCGUCCGACUCCUUCCUAACACGCAGCGACGCGAGCGCCGAACUUCCUGUAAAAUAAAACGAGAGCUGCAGAUUAUCGAAGCUUUAGCCGAGGCUGAAAUGGACACAGUUAAUUUAUUUAACCUUAUUUUAAGAAGUUGUUGACAGAAACGGUUUCUGCAGUGAGUGGGAGGGGCCAUCAGGUUCAUCUGAAGAUGGAACGGAGGUAUGUGAGGUUUUGGCUCUUCAUCACAACCUUUAAGGAUCUUUAAAUGUCAGGGUUUUCUUUUCUUUCCAACACGCUUCGUUUAUUCUAGCAUCAACACUAAAACUGCACCGAGAGCGUCCGUUAACCAGACGGAAACGCCUCCGAUCUCGUCCUCUGAUCUCGCCCUCUGCUGUUGGUUUCAUAUAAAACAUCGGUCCUCUUCCCUCAGAGGCUCGCUCCCUCUCGCUGUGUGUUAGGAACCGAUUGUACAGCUCCUGAACUUCCUCCGACUCCUCCAUCCUUCCCUGAAGUCCAACCACAGUGAGUCUUCCUCAGUGGAGAGGCAUGAAUGACGUGCAUCCACCUUAACCCCCGUCACCACCGCAGACUGCAUCCUCCUCCAACCUUCAUCUUUACAGACUCUCAUCAUCUCGAAGGUCAGAAAGUUCCAGGACCUUGAUCUCGUCGCCCGUCCGUGUGUUUUCAGUUCGGUGUUCACUUCACUGUGUUUCGUUUAGAAACCUGUUGGUUUUCAGACAAGACUCCGAUAUGAGGCUGAAAUCUUCGUCCAAAUAGCUGCUGGUUGGUGUAAACACCUCCUUCCUCCUGCAUCAGCUGUGAAAGUGUGGCAGUCUUUGUUCCCAUGAAAGCCGAUGGAAGAACAUCUGUGUGCUUGAAGAGUCCUGAAGUUGGAGGUUUUUUACCAUCUGGCAGUGAUUUGAAAAUCAGUCCAGCAGAAGUCUGGAUGGACACAAAAGUCUCAGCAUGCUGCAAGCGCUCCAGCUCUGUUCUGACUUUAAUGGUUUGGGGAUGUUUGUUUCAGUCUACUGUGACUGUCCCCCAAAAACCCUCCAACUAAAAUAAAAUCAGAGCUCCAGACGUGACUCCAGGCUUUGCUGUUUCUGCAGAGGAAGCGUUCAGGCGCUCAGCAGAGACAUCUGCUGAAUCUGCUCUGAGCUUUGAGCUCUGCUGUGGAAGCAGAAAUCACAGCGUGCAGGAGGAGGAAGGUUUCCUCCCAGGUCAAAAUAAUCCCUACUAAUCUGAUACUGGAACGAGAUGUUUUAGCUCCUCCCCCUUUGGUGUGAACUAAAGAGCCACACCAAGAGAUGAAGGAGCUCCAAUUGGUUUGCUUUUUAGGAAACGGCUGAGAUGAGCUCGGCAGUAUGGUGUGAAGCAUGCUGAGGCCUUCUUGUCUGAAGGCUGGAGUCAUUUCAGACACUCAGUAAAUGAAUAAAAGGCUAGAAAGUUCAAAUAAUUUUCGGAUUACAGGUGAUCAGAGGAGCAGCUGGUAGCUUAAGUGUUUUUCCUUGAAGGCAAACUGACAUUUCAGCCCGUCUGUCAGUCGUCCUUUGAACAUUUGGACAUUACUGCGUCUCACUCGUGCAGUCAGGAUCCGCCUGCUGAACCACGUUCACGUUCAUUCUUCUACAGGACAACGAGUCUCCCUCAUACCUGACAAAUCAAACAUAGUCUCCCUUCUGUCAGCGAUUAACUGUCAGUGCUGCUCGCUUUGAUAUUAGUAACCGUAUAUGCAAUAAAAUAUGCAACAAAGUCGCAGGUUCAAGCCCUAAAAGAGGAAACUUUGUUGCAUUUAAAAUAUAUGCAAGACCAGCUCAGCUUAGUUCCACGUUUCACGAAGAAGAGGACGCUCGCUGUCUCUACAGACAAUCCGGGAAUCUGCUAAAUCCUGCAUGUCCGGUGCCGAGAAACGAAGUAGAAGCGGUUUUGGGGCGAUUACUGAAACCACGAGGCGGCUCGGUGUGAAGAACGACGGCAGACUGAGGAAACCGCCCGGCUCCAGCUCGCAUCUACCCCAACAGCAGAGUCUGACUGUGCUGGCAUCAGGUUUGCUCACAUUUGACUGAUCAAUGCAUUUAAAUGCUUUAAAUCCUCGUUCAGCUCUGAGCCGCAGCGACUUUAACAUGAGCAGGUUUCAAAGACGUCUGCUCUUAACUUUCUGCUGCGUCACUGCUCAGGUGGAGUCGCUUGUCUCCUUUAGAUCUCGUCGUUCGCUCCCAGUGGGGAAAUCGGAGCCGCCUUAAUUCAUGCGAGCGACACGAAGCCCAGCAGGGCGCGUUCGCAGCAGAGCUUCAGCUGCUGCUGCUCUUAAAGUUCAUCAUCAAAGUCCUGGAACACACAGAGUCUGCAGGAACGCUGUGAUUGAUGUUCCUCGGUGAGCCCCUCAUCGACGGGGGGAAAUUAAAGCAGAAGGCAAACAGGGAAUGUCCGUUUGAAAUGAAAGAGGAAAAUAAAUUAGUGCACUGUGUUUAUUUCAUCUGGUUCAAACAAGGUUUGAUGUUUUCUUUUCCACCUUUUCACCAAAAACGACCAGAAAAAAUGAAAAAAAUCAGCCUCCUCAAGGCUCCGCCUCGGCCUUCGUGUCUCUGUCUGCGCCUGUUUGUCUAAACCCUCCAGAAGCUGAAAUAAUGGAAGUGAGCAGCUCUGAGCGAAGACUCGCUGAAAGCUGCUGAAUCUGAAACAAGCAGCCCAUCACAGCUGUUUGUUUGAUAUACCUCCUGUAAUCAUGGAGACUAAUCGGGGCAGCUGAAAACAAGCAUGUCCAAUCAGCGCAAAGCACGAAAGAAAACCUUCAAAGUAAAACAGGAAGUGAACUAAAGACACAGAGCAAUCAAAACCUCUAAAAUCUGAAACAAAACCCGGAGCAGGACGGUUACGGAAACUCGAGGCAAAAACCAGGAGCUUAAAAUAGUCCAGCUUUGUCUCUGAGGCGUCCUCUGCAGUCAGAGGAGGUCGUGUCUCAGCGUCUUCAUCUGCUGCUCGUCUUCACACCGUCGUGUCUCAGGUUUAAUUUUAAAGUUUGCCCCUCAUCGUUAUUCAAACAUCCAAUCAGGUUUUAUCAGCUGCCGAAGUUUAAAAGUGACUAAAACCACCCGGGGAGAGAAAAACCUUCUGCCCGGGUCACAGAGUGUGAACCAUGAAGUCGUGGUCAUGUACAUUACACAGAGCGUUAGUGUGUUUGUCUCACAGAGUUUUUAAAUCAUUAUUAAACUCGAUCACAUCCGCUUCAUCACUUAUUUGACUGCUUUUAAGAAAACUCUGCAUUUUCUUCUGUGCUUUCAAAAUAAAAGUCUUCUGUGUAGGGAGACUGUACACUAAACAUUUUUUAGUCCUUACAAAUAACUUGAAUACAUUUAUUUAAAUCCAUGUAAUUUAGUUGCAUAAGUACAGUUUAAAAUGUUAACUUGACUGCUAUACGUUCAGUUUACACCAAGCACAUUUUCCUUAAUAAUUACUUAUUUAAAUCAAUGAAACUUUGACUUUUACAUAUUUCAGCUGCACUUAAAGUUGUUGCUUAUGCUUAUUAAGAGUGAAGAAUCAUUAUUUGAGUGUAACUUUAAGUUCUCAGACUGGUUUUAUUGUGACACACCUGUGCAGGAAGUACUGAGAUUCACUAACAGCUCAACAACAAUUAUAAGAAACAAUUUCACAAUAAAAGCCAAUAAUCCUGAAUGCUUUUACUGUGAAAUAAGGGGGUACAGCAGUUUCUUUAAAGCUAGCUUAACAGUGACAAAAACACACAAGGUAGAAAACACUGAUGAUCAGCAGAGAAACACAUUUAAAGUGUUUUUAUCAGGAUGAACGUUACGCUCGAUCCGUGAAGUCAGCCCUGCUGUGGAAAACCUCUCUGCUGUUGUUUGAAAUAAUUAAAUUAUUGAAGGCUUUAUGAGUAAAGUGCUGGGAAUGUUUUCAUGUUCACUUUGAGAUGACUCUAAUAUUUCAUAAUCGUCUGUAUUUAAACUGUAUUUAAACGAUUCAGUGGAAUACUCUGAAUAAUGUACUCACGCUGUGUCUGUCUUCUACUUCCUCUCUGCUUUUAUUUUGAAAACUUGAACUUUUGUUUGUUUCCUGGUUUUGGUGCAAUAACUGACGUAUUUAUGUGAUGAAGCGUGUACGUGGUGCGGACUGUAACGUUGUUGAAGCGCCGAGAGGAAAAAGCACUUUAAAACAAGCGUCUCACCUGCUGAACUUAUUUUUUGUCUCAUUAACGUUGAUGCAGCGUUCAGGUCGUACCAAGUGAAAACGUAGCGCCUGUAUUCCUGUCAGCGAGGCUCUUUGCAGCUCAUUGGUUGAUAUUUACGGUCCUCUUCUGUCAUUGGCUGACAUUUCUCUGAUGCUGCUGAAAUAAAAUUAAUCGUCCCCA